CGCUCAGUCAGUCAGAAGCAAACGGACAGACUGUGUGCACAGCUCCAGAGCUCUUUCUCCAACUAUUCACCAACAUGGAGAGGAUCUAUGAACGCAUUGAUCAGGAGGACGUCCAGACGGAGCUCCGGGAUGGAGCUGACAAUGAGCCCCAGUAUGAGAACACAAAGGAACCUGUUUAUGAGAACUCAGGCGAGGUGGAGGAACAGCUGUACAGCAAGGUGCAGAUCCACACAUCUGCAAAAGAAGAGCCCAACUCCCCGGGAAUCAAGAUCGAGGAGAAACGCAGAUCCUCAUCCUCCUCAUCCAGCGACCUUGACGAAAAAAAAGCAGAGGAGGAUAAGGUGGAAGUUGUGGAGGAACUGCAGCAAACUGUGGACGAGGAGAGCUCCAAGGUGAUCAAGGAGAGCGAUGAAGAGCUCGUUGAGAGCGGGGAAGGGGCUGAGAAGAUCCCCAAAGUUCACGAAAUGAUAGAACGGGCACUCAAAGAGAGCAAAAAUGUGUCUGAGAAGAUCUCCGAACCCCACGAAGAAAAUGAAGACGGAAUCGAGGAGAGUGGAGAAGUCCAGAACAGAUCCAGACAUUCAUCUGUCUCUUCUCACAAUUCAUCAACUCAUGGCCACCCGUGCGACGACCCGCCUGUCCAACCGAAGAACUUGGAUGAAAACCCAGAAGAUGGGACGCUGAUGGUGUGCGACACUGACCUGAAGCCCGACCAGCCAGAAGACUGCAGCCUGAAAACUCUGGAGAACGUCACUUUAGAGGAUCAGAGGAAGGCGUCGGAGGAUCCAAGCCCACCUGACAUCUGUCUGUACGUGAAGGCCGGCAGUGACGGAGAAAGCGUUGGGAACUGCCCCUUCUCUCAGCGUCUCUUCAUGAUCCUUUGGCUCAAAGGCGUCGUCUUCAACGUCACCACCGUCGACCUCAAAAGAAAGCCUACAGAUCUGCACAACCUGGCCCCGGGGACACACCCUCCUUUCCUCACCUUUGAUGGCGAAGUCAGGACAGAUACCAACAAGAUUGAGGAGUUUCUGGAGGCUACGCUCUGCCCUCCAAAGUAUCCCAAACUGGCUGCCAGGCACAGAGAGUCCAACACAGCUGGAAAUGACAUCUUUGCCAAAUUCUCAGCCUUCAUCAAGAACACUAAACCCGAGGCCAACGACGCUCUAGAAAAAGGGUUGACCAAAGCCCUAAAGAAGCUCGACGACUACCUUAACAGCCCCUUGCCGGGUGAGGCCGAUGCGAACGACUCAGAGGAGGGCUCCAGCAGGAGCUUCUUGGAUGGAAACGAGCUCACGCUUGCAGACUGCAACCUCCUGCCCAAACUGCACAUCGUCAAGGUCGUUGCUAAGAAGUAUCGUAACUAUGACAUCCCAGCGGACAUGAAGGGAGUAUGGCGGUACUUGAACAAAGCCUACGCCCGUGAUGAGUUCACCAACACCUGUGCUGACACCACCGAGAUCGAGACCGCCUACAAAGACGUGGCGAGGAGACUGGCCAAGUAGCUCCCCGACUGAGCUUUGAAACAAAACCCUUCAGUCUAAAAGGAAAGAGUUGUGCACGUCACACCAACAGUCUUUUUGAAGCAUCCUGAUUGCAGUCAUUUGGCACCCGUCGUUGGGGGGGGGGUUCAAUGGGCAGACAUGGCGAAACAGAAGCGGAGCAGGAGAUCAAUCAAACCUACUCGAGCAGCAUCAAACGCCGACGCCGCCAUAAAAGUUUUGACUUCUCACUCAAAAGUGAUUGUGUCUGUAUUUAUUUCUCGUAACACAAAGGUCUCUUUCAGACAAACUCCGACACAUGGCCAAAUAUUUUACUAGCUGCUGAUGUCAAGGUCGUUCUCUUUAUUUAUUCCCAAAUCCACAGAAGUCUAGUCUGACUCCAGUGUUUAUUAUCAAUCUUUGGCUCCCGGGGAGACACCUUGUUUCAUCUGUGAUUGAUGAUUAAUGCUAAAUAUGUGUUGAAUAUGACCCCUCUCAACCUGCAGCUUCAUUUCGAUCAUCAAUCAUUACCCAAAGUAUGACUCUCCUUAUGCGUGUCUUGAGAUUCACUCCGGCCUCCGGGAGUUUAAAUAGAGACUUUCUCUCACUCUUUCAGCAAGAACAAACUCUGGCCAGAAGCAAAGGCUUUAACAGAACAAAGUUUGUGUUGGAACCGCUCGCUUGUAUUCAUCCACUGCAUUCAAACGUGAUAUAGAACCCUUCAGAACAUAGAAAAAAAAAAAACCCUCUUCCACUGGAGAAUGAAAUCCCAUGCCAACGUCACUGAUGGACUUAUUCUGACAAAUGCAUCGCAGCUCCAGCAAAAAGCUUAUUAGCGUUCACUCCAAGUAUUGAUUUUGUCUUAGGUUACCGCGUGAUAUUACAAAUGGAGAGACUAUUUAUUUAGCAGUCCCAAUCAGGCCUGAUUGGGCAGAGCCAUUAGUGCUGCGAUGAAAAGCCUCUUCCAGGUCCAGGGUGGUCGGGAGCCCCGCCCUCCAGGUCACCAAUGGAAAGAUCUUUUCUUCCGCUGUGAUGAGUCUAUUUUAAAAACCCUGAGGUUUGAACGUUUCUUUGCCCGCAACGAGGAGAACGGAAACUCGUCUCCAGGCUUAUCAUCUUUGGCCGCCGCUGCAGCGAGACUUCCUUGAAGAGCCGUAAUGCUCUUGUGUGGUUUGGACAAAAACAUGAUACGAAACUGGAGCGUGAUGACUGAGAGGCUUGCUCAAUGCAAAAGUCUGCAAAUAAAAUAAUAUUUUCACAGA